GCUGCGGCCAGGCUGGCCCCGGCUGCCUGCGGCGCGGGCGCCUCCCUCGCAGCCGCUGCCACCGCCGCGCUCCCGCCUCCUGCCCGCUCCCGGGCUCCCGCUGCGGCUGCGGUUCUGGCGGCCGAGCCCCCGCGGCGCUGCAGCUCAGAUCCGGCGCGCCGAGCGACCCGCGCGCCCCUGCCUCGCCGCUCGCAGCUCCCUCAUCCACGCGCCGCGCUGCGGCAGGUGCCCCGGGCGUCCUGAGGCGCGGUGGCCUGAGCGCGGCCGCCAUCGGUGACCCUGGCCAGGGACCUGCUCCAGCCUGGCCACCCCGCGUCUUGUGUUAUCGCCUGUGUUGGGUAUUAAAUCAUGGGGAGGAAGCUGGACCUGUCUGGUCUGACCGACGACGAAACGGAGCAUGUCCUCCAGGUGGUUCAACGAGACUUCAAUCUUCGCAAAAAAGAGGAAGAACGGCUAAGCGAGAUGAAGCAGAAGCUGGCCGAGGAAGGCAGCAAGUGCAGCAUCCUCUCGAAGCACCAGAAGUUCGUGGACCACUGCUGCAUGCGCUGCUGUUCGCCCUUCACCUUCCUGGUCAACACCAAGCGCCGGUGUGCCGACUGUCAGUUCAACGUCUGCAAGAGCUGCUGCUCCUACCAGAAGCACGAGAAGGUGUGGAUCUGCUGCGUCUGCCAGCAGGCCAGGCUUCUGAGGACCCAGUCUCUGGAAUGGUUCUACAAUAACGUAAAGAGUCGCUUCAAACGCUUCGGCAGUGCUAAGGUCUUGAAGAACCUGUACAGGAAACACCGGCUGGAGAGCGGGGCGUGCUUCGAUAUUCUAGGAGGAAGCUUUUUCGAGGCAAACCUGGAGAAUGAAGGAAGUGUGUCAGGCAGUGAUUCAACAUUUUAUAGACAGUCUGAAGGACACAGCAUGAUGGACACAUUGGCUGUCGCCCUGCGGGUGGCUGAAGAGGCCAUCGAGGAGGCAAUUUCCAAAGCAGAAGCCUAUGGGGACAGUCUGGACAAGCAGAAUGAGGCCAGUUACCUGCGGGACCACAAGGAGGAGCUGACGGACGAACUGGCCACGACCAUCCUGCAGAAGAUCAUAAGAAAACAGAAGAACAAAGGCGAGCAGCAAAUGGGAGAAGAGCCAGAGUGGUCACAGCCCCAGAGCUGCAGUGCAGAGGCCGCUGACGAGGGGACCGCAGCCCCCCUGGGAGGCCCCCGAGCUCCCUCCACCCUCUGGCGAUCCCAGUCUGCAUUCUCACUCACCAGAGAAGAUGCCCCGAGGACCCCUUCGCUGGAGGCUAUGUCAAGGCCGCCCAGGGGCCAGGACCAGCCACCGAGGGAGGAGGCGGCCUUGCCCGUCUGGAAGAGCGUGGACAGGCUGGAUGACACAAACCUGGCCGCGGUUUUGCAGAGCCCCGACGGGAACUGGGUGGCCCUGAAAGAUGGCGCUCUGCCGCCCACCCGCCUGCUGGCCAAGCCCAAGAGUGGCACGUUCCAGUCCCUGGAGGCAGCCUCCCGCGUGACAUCUGCCUACGAGGAGAUGGGCUCCGAAAGUGAGGAGGACUUUGACUGGAGUGAGGCCUUGAGCACGCUGUGCCCGCGGCCCCCAGGCCUGCCCAGGAGCCCCCAGCCUCAGCCCACACAGGCCCAGGGUUCGGACCAAGGCCCCUCGGCCACCUCCGCCUCCUCUGGGCUCUCUCCCAACCCCGAGGCCAUGUGCUCCGACUCAGAGACGUCCUCUGCGGGCUCCUCCCGGGAAGCUGGGCGCCGGGCCAGACUGUCCUGGUUGCAGAGGAAGGCCCCCAGAGACCCCGCCGCGGAGAAGAUACGCCUGCAGGGAGAGCUGGACGUGAACUUCAACCCCCAGGCAGCCAGCAGGGAGACCUCAGACAGCAGCGAGCCCGAGGAGAUGCCCCAGGCUGCGGACCGGAAGGCCAAGAGGUGGAGAAGGGCCCGUGUGGGCUCAGAGGAGCCGAGCGAGGAGUUGUCUUCUCCCAACGCCCAUUGCCAGGGGCUGGAUGCACAUCAGGCAUCCGGUGAUUUGUCGGAGACCGACACCAGCAACGACGCCAGGCACCCUCGGAGCCGGGCGGCCGCCACGGAAGAGAAACUGAGAAACAGGCUGUACGAGUUAGCAAUGAAAGUGAGCGAGAAGGAGACCUCUUCGGGGGACGAUCAGGAGUCGGAGCCCAAGACGGAGUCUCAGAACCCCCAGGAGAGUCUGUCCUCUGAAGACAACAGCCAGGGCGUCCAGGAAGAGCUCAAGAAGAAGUAUUCUGCUGUUUCUCUCUGCAACAUCUCCACAGAAGUCCUGAAAGUCAUCAACGCCACCGAGGAGCUGAUAGCAGAGUCCGCAGGGCCCUGGGAGUUCCCACCUGUCCCUCCCGACAGAGAGAAGGGGACAUUUCCUCUUGGGACAGACCAAGUGAGACUGGAUGAACAGCUGACUUCUCUGGAAGAAAACGUGUACCUGGCGGCAGGCACCGUGUAUGGACUCGAAGGCCAGCUGAGUGAACUGGAGGAUGCCGCCCGCUGCAUCCACAGUGGCACCGAUGAGACCGAACUGGCGGAUCUGGAGGACCAGGUGGCCACGGCUGCAGCCCAGGUUCACCACGCUGAGCUCCAGAUUUCUGAUAUUGAGAGCCGGAUUUCAGCCCUGACCAUUGCAGGAUUAAACAUAGCACCAUGUGUCCGCCUCACAAGAAGACGCGAUCAGAAGCAAAGGAACCAGGUACAAACCAUAGACACAUCAAGGCAGCAGAGGAGGAAACUGCCUGCCCCGCCAGUGAAAGGAGCCCAGUCUGGCGUCUGCUGUGAUGUAUUAGUGCCACGGAGCUCCACUGCCAGUGACCCACUGCCUCCGGCCGUACACGACAGUGCCUUGACCCAACAGCCAUCCAAUACUGUACCGAUUUCCACCCGAGGAGGGGACCUGGGGGGGGCCAUGGUGCACCACUGCACAGGGCUGUCCUGAUACCUCACCCAGAAAGCAGCCCCAGACUUGAGCACUGCGGUCUUGCCCACUCGCUGCCUUAGGCUCCCAGGGGAAUCCAAGACAGAAAACCGAGAUGCUGGCUUCCAACAACAGAGCUCCCUGUUCAAAAGACGCAUCUUUUCCGUGUUCGCUUCGCUACUGUGUGUUGUCUUUAAGAUCUCUCUUUUUUUUAAUCCCUUUGAUUCAACUGAAAGUAUAUGUCAAUAGUUAUUUGUCCAAAGGAGAACCGUUGGGAGCUGGGGGGGGGGGGGGGGGGGUUGGAAAGAAGGGAGAUGGAGAUUAUCAUUGAAUUCAUCACCAGUUCUUACUAAUCUCUCAAAACCACGUUUGUCCCACAAAUGCUAAGGAAAAAUGUGCAGAUGUCCCCGCAAUGAACAUCCGGACCGUCCCAUCUGGGGAGCACGCACCCAGCAAGGAUGCAGGUCUCCCUUCAGCCGCCUCCUUCCUGGGAAGCUCCUAGCUACCCCUCUCCCCACACCACACGACCAUAACCAGUGGCCCAGUCAUUUCCAUUGCUUUGCAAUCACACACCACGGAAUGGAAAGUUCUGACUCACCCACACCAGGCCCAGGUCUUUCUGAAUCGAGGUCUCAUGGAGAAUUUAGGGUUUCCCCUUGGGCUCACUGACAGUUUCCCCACUGUGAAGGGGAGAGGAGCUUGAGAAAGCUCACCAUUGGCUUAACUUUGGGGCGCUGUCUGGAAUCCACGUGAUGCAGCUUAGUGAUGGCCGCGUCUAAAUGGAUUCUAACCACAUGAGAAAAUGUCCUCCAGAAUUUAUUUCCCAGUAGAUAAUUCGGCAAAAGUAGUAGGAUGACCUUAAAGGAAAAAAAUGGUUAAAGAAUAGCCUUGGAAAGCUCACAGGCAUGAAAAAAGCAAGGACAAACUGUGAGUUUAACAGACACACGAGCCGACACGUGCUCCACGUUUGCGGUCUCGAAGGCAUGACCGUGUAGAGUGUGCUUGUAAAAGCCAGUGGAGCAGAAUUCCGCUCAAUGAACUGAGCAUUUACAGCCUUUGUUAAAAUUUGUCCCUGAGACAUUCUGAAUCUUAGGAAGAAAGCAAACGAUGGGGGGCAAGGGGAUAGUUUGACCGAAAUGUUUUAAGUGACUGCUUUGAGGAAGGCAGUUUCUUCUCAUUUUCAUCCUUGGAGCAACCCUCUUCAGUAGGUAUCCCCACUUUUCAGAUUUGGGAACCGAGGGGGCCAGAGAGAUUAGUUUGCCAAAGUCACACCUCUAAGCCAAGUGUCAUCGGAAUGCCUCCCCAAAGCCUCACCCUGCGCUGGUUUCAACUCCUACCUUCUUUUGCUGCUACACACAUUGCCAGACCUGAUUUGCUGCUGAAAUGUGUGUUCCGAUCCGUUCCUGAUGCGAUCUACCUAUCUUCCGGUGACACCCUUUGCUGAUCCUGUGUAUGUGCUAUCCAACAGAAGUGACUUCUUUGAAACACAGUAAAUCUUGGCUUUUUGUUCUGUUGGUAUGACUCAAAGCAGACAAAUACAAAUUUUAAAAACACAACAACAACAACAAAAGAUCUGAGUUCCAAAUCGAAUGUUUCCUUUAAGAGGCAUGAAAAGCAACUAUUGGUGUGUUCCAGUGUUAAUAUUCAGUUUUCUUUGACAAAAAUGUGUACUGUGUAAGCCUUGCAAAAAACAAAAACAAACAAACAAAAAAACAAAAACAAAAAGAAAAAAAAGAAGAAGCCUGCUCUAUGGCAUUUGAAAUUUUAUAAAGGUUUCCUUGUGCCAAAUAAGUGCAAAGAUUUAAUUUACUAUUAAAAACCAUAAGCAUAUGUUAUAGUUUCGGAAGACUUAUUUUGUCAUCAAGUGAUUUUGAUCUUCAGUGUCAAUAUUUAUAUUUAGAUUAAUUUUUAUAAAUGAAAAUAUUUUAAUGGUUUAAGAAAACGAGGACAAUAAGACCAUAUCUUUGAUGACUUCUGAAAGUUAUGCUUGCCUUCAUGUUAUAUGCACAUCGCCAAGAAUUACUGUCAAGAGAAAUGAUAAAGAAGUAAAAGUCAUUUAUGAAAAUAA